AUGACCAAGUCCAAGAACGGCUGCCUCAAGAUCCUCUGCGGCGGCGCCGGAUCCGACGCCACCGCCGGCUCCGACCCCGAGACCGACGUCCACGCCGACGAGAGCAAGGCCAUAUCAGAUAAAAGCAGAUGGAGCUUUCGGAGGAGGUCUACAAGGCACCGAGUUCUCAAGAACUCUGAUAUAUCCGAGCCUGAAACUCUAAGUUCGAGCAAAGCAAAAGCUGAUGUUGCUCCAAGCAACAAUGUCUACUCUUCAACAUACUCUUAUGCCUCAGAGAAGCCCCUGCAUCUAGAGAAGCCAGACGAGAAGAUUGUGCUUCAAGAGAAGCCAGAUGAGAAGUCCCUACUCGAAGAGAAGCCCGAUGAAAAGCAGACAGAGAAGACAACUGAAAAGCCAGUGGACCAGAUAAUUGAAAGGUCAAUUGAACAGCCAGAUGAAAAGAUAACCGAGACGCCGAGUGAAGAGCCAGCUGAAAGGAUAUCUGAAAAACCAGUUGAAGAGCCAGCUGAAAAGGAUGUCGAGGAACUUGAUGAAAAGCCAGACGAAAGCUUCUCUGUUUCGCCAACUGAGGUGAAGCAGGAUGAAACUGCCUCACUUGUUGAUAGAAGCGUUCCAGACCCAGAGGAAGAUCAUGUGGAGUCUGCUGCUAUUGUCAUUCAGUCUGGCAUCAGAACAUACAACGCAAGGCAAGAGCUAUCGAAUCAUAAGGAUCUUGUGAAACUGCAAGCUGUGAUACGCGGGCAUCUAGUUAGGCGGCAGGCUGCAGAAUCUUUACAAUGCUUGCUUGCCAUUGUUAAAACUCAAGGGCUUGUCCGGACUCAUCAAGCACAACAAUCUUCAGGAAGGUUUCAGGAUACUUUGGUCCGUUCUUCAAGUGAGAAAUUGCUUCACAAUGGAUUUGCUCUCAAGCUCAUGGACAACAUGUCAACUUCCAAAUCCAUGAACAUAAGAUGUGAUGCUUCUGAAACUGAUGCUACCUGGAAAUGGAUGGAGAGGUGGACAACUCUGAUUCUGCCAACCACUGAAGGCCACUUGCUUGAGAAUGCAGAAAAUAGUGGGUUGGUAGUUGAAAAGAUGGAAGAGGAUGCUCACCGUGAAGAAAAGGUUGUUCCUUUGGACUCAGACAUUUCUUUCCCCAAGUUAGUGCCUGAUGAUGUGGAGGAGACACUAAGGCCUUCUGAAUCUAGUGCCUUUGUGGAAGAGACACCAAGGUCAUUUGAUUUGAGUGGAUUGGAGGCUCCUGAAUGUGUCCCAGAGGAAACCUCUAUGUUGGAAACCAAAGGUGAUCCUGCACCAGAGUUGAUCGAAAAGGUCGAUGACGAUGCUGAACAGUUGACCGAUUCAAAGACAGAGAAUGUUGUGGAGCAGUCUUUGGACUUCUCUGGCCGGCAAUCUACCCAAACUGGUCCAUCAAGGGAACCCAGUCCUGUUCCUGAAAAAUCUGAACACCCCAGUGAGGAUACUAUGGAUGCAUAUAAUCUUGAGCAGUCACCGGAGAUGGAAGCUAGAAGCGCAGCAAGAAAGGCCUGCAAUCCAGCAUUUGCUGCUGCACAGAUGAAAUUCGAAGAGCUGACUUCGGCAGUCAGUAGGUCCAACAGUUCAUCUUUUCUGGAUGCGCCAAGCAAAUCGAAGGUGCAUACUCCCCGUUCACUGGGCGGUACCUCACCCAAGCAAAAUAUUGAAACAGUCGCACCAGGAAGCACAGUUGGCCAUGAUGCUAAAAUCAUACCUGCUGCUUCAGAAUGUGGGACUGAGAUUUCAAUUUCAUCUACACUUGACUCACCAGAUAGAUCAGAAGCUGAUGGCGGUGAGAUUGUAAUGGAGAUGGGAGCUCUUGGAGGUCGGGACUAUGCCAGCGAGAAUGCCGAGAAAGAUACCCAUGUUUUACAUUCUGAAGUGAAGGACACCUCCGAAGAAGUCGUCCAGCCAGAGAAAGAGGAAGAACUGAAUGGUGAUGUUGCUAACCCUCCCAUUGCCACAGAUCCUGUCCUUGAGCAAGCACAUGUUGAAUCAGGAAAGCCAGAUUUGCAUGACCAAAUAGAGGAGUCUAUAGGAUCAUAUGCCAAGUCACCUGAGGGAACUCCCAUGAGCCGAACCACUUUUGUGGAAUCUCAAUGCACACCAUCAAGUGAGGUCUCUGUUAAUACCAACAAGAGCAAGAGCAAGAGCAAAAAAUCAAAGUCUCAUGCAAGCAGAAGGUCGCUGACUAGUCCAAGCAGCAAUUCAGUCGGACGAAGCAGCACAGAUAAUCUGUCAAAGGAUUAUAAGCAUGCGAAGAGAGAGAGCUCAGGCAAGGUUGCCAAGUCUGACAACGCUGAUCAAGAACCUCGCAUGAGCAACAGCACUCCAUUGCCAAGUUACAUGCAGUUCACAGAAUCUGCAAGAGCAAAGGCGGCCGCUCUAUCCCCAAAGUUAAGCCCAGAUGUGCAAGACAACAACCCGAGGAAGAGGCAUUCUUUGCCCAUAACAAACGGCAAAAAUGAAACAUCUCCUCGCAUGCAACGGUCAUCUUCCCAAGCCCAGCAAAAUGUGAAGAGCAGCGUUGCUGUUCCUCACACUCCAUCUGGUUUUGAUCAUUGUGAAGACAUUUAUUAA